UCGAACCUCAYGUAAACACAGAUGAUUCACGUUCAGUAUUUAGAUGUAGUGUAGAAUGUUCUUAAAAUGUAAGACUUUAGUGGUAUUUUUAACAAUUUUAGAGGGGUUACUACCAUCCUCUACAAGUGAUAUUCAAGAUGCAAAGUUUCUUGAGAGUAAAUAUCAGUAUUUCAGCGAGUCAGAGCGUAUUCAGUCACGAGAAGAUGCUCGAAGAAUGUUUUACCAUGGUUAUGAGAACUACAUGAAGUAUGCAUUUCCUUUAGAUGAAUUAGAUCCAAUUCACUGUACUGGACGAGGACCAGAUAGAGAAAACCCGUCCAAUAUUAACAUCAAUGAUGUUCUGGGWAAUUACUCUCUUACACUAAUUGAAUCACUGGGAACACUUGCUAUCAUGGGAAAUAGCAGUGAGUUUAAGCACGCUAUAAAACAYGUCAUAGAUCAUGUUUCAUUUGAAAGAGACAGYACAGUACAAGUCUUYGAAGUCUCAAUAAGGGUACUGGGUGCUUUAUUGUCAGCACACUUAAUCAUCAAAGAYCCUCUUCAGCCAUUUGGAGAUAUGGUCCCUGAUGAUUACGAUGACGAUCUUUUAUUACUCGCCCAUGAUUUAGCUAAUAGAUUAAUAGAGGCAUUUGAUAAAUCACCGCUAGGAAUACCUUACCCAAGGGUUCAUUUGAAAACUGGAAAACCAGAUGAGAGUUGGACUGAAACAUGUCUUGCAGGAGCUGGGACACUAAUACUAGAAUUUGGAAUUUUAAGUCGAUUGCUUGAUGAUCCGACAUUUGAAAAUUUGGCUCGUCGUGCAGUUAGCAGUUUGUGGUCUCAUCGCUCAAACACAACAGGAUUAUUUGGGAAUGUCAUUGAUAUUACGACAGGAGAAUGGAAAGGACAGAUGAGUGGAGUUGGAGCAGGACUUGACUCAUUUUAUGAAUAUUUAUUAAAGGGUUACAUCAUGUUUGGAGACCCACAAGACCUUAGAAGAUUUAAUGAAGUGUACAAGUCAUUACAGAAACAAUUAAGAAAGGGACGUGUAAAGUGCAAUGAAGGUAGUGGGGACACGCCCUUACAUGUCAACGUCAAUAUCAACAGUGCUAAAAUGGAGAACACUUGGAUUGAUUCCCUACAUGCGGCAUUUGCAGGGGUCCAGGUUUUGAAGGGAGACAUCAGAGAAGCAAUCUGCACCCAUGCAACAUUUUACUAUAUAUGGCGUAAAUACAAAGCUUUACCAGAACGAUUUAACUGGCGAACCAAACAACCUGAUGUGCUUUUUUAUCCACUGAGACCUGAAUUAGCUGAAGCAACAUAUCUUCUAUAUCAGGCUACUCGUCAUCCAUUUUACCUUCAUGUUGGACGAGACAUUCUUAAAGACUUAGAAACUCAUACUAAAGCYGAGUGUGGGUAUGCAACAUUGCAUAAUGUCCUUGAUAAAACACAGGAAGACCGAAUGGAGAGCUUCUUCCUCAGUGAGACUUGCAAGUAUCUGUAUUUGCUAUUUGAUCAUGAAAACCACGUAAAUCAAGACGCUUCUAAUUACAUAUUCAGCACCGAGGGACAUCUAUUUAGACUGGACACUAGAAUGAGAAAAAGRCCAUGGGAUGUGACGUCAUUCAUGCGUCACACCAUMAAACCUAAAAGUCACGUGGUAUCUCUUACUAGUCAUUACAGAAACGAUUCRUGUGGGGAUGACGUUAUYUUUCAGGCCUGACUUGCGCUCAACUGGUUUUCCUGCUAUCUGAUUGGCUGUCUUAAAUUUUGAACUUGAUUUUGAUUGGUUGUGAAGGUCAUGGUUGUUUGGUUGUGGUUUCCYUGUUUUUAUGGCUGGCUUCUUCUCUUUUGGUGUUUUGCUCUUUAAAGUACUCAAUGGUGGGUUAAUUUGACUCUUGGGGGUACCCUGCGCAGGAUUUCGCACACAGUCUUCAGAGCAGUAGUAGAGGCUAUCUUGGGCUCCCUGUGGUGGUGGACUGUCCGGAUCUUCCAAUACAUUAUAAUAAUCUAAACAAUCUUCAACGCAGUARUACAAGCUAUUUUGGACUUCCUGUGGUAAUGGACUGGUGGGUUCUUCAAGCACGUGAUAAAAAGCAUCAUUGAUUGGUUUUUCCCCCGUUUUCUUAUUGGUUGAUGCAAGAUUUGACGCAGCWGCAGUCACGUGUUCAUCGUAUGCCAUUGAGUAUGUGUCAGUCCCAGGCUCAACGUCCAGUGUAUGACCGCYUUGUUCUUGCGGCAAUUGUGAAGAGCCUUUACACUUUGAAAGCAUCCUGAAUUCACGAGGUCCGGCAUUUCCAUUUUUGCUCGUGAGAGCUCGGUGGCUUGGACUUGAGCCUGAAUCUGUUGCCGUCUUUCUUUUGGGAUCUUAAGUCACAAACAAAAGUAAAGUAAACUUAAAUCAAAUAGAGACAACCAACCCUCACAUUGAAAAGAGAACACUUGUGGUAGGCAACGGCGAUAAGCUUAGCACAGGAUGGAAGAAARACGUGUGAAAUAACGAUGAUGGGGCAACCAAAUAUAACGAAUGUCGUCCGGUAGCAAAUAGCUCUAAAAUUAAACACGGAUGCGUCGCAAAGCCGCACUUUUUUAUAUUAAUUUUCUUUUUAUAUAAUGUAUUUGGUUAAUGGCCUUUUUUGCACUUGCGCUACUUACUAUUAGUGAUUUCCUGGUGAUAUUUCUUGCUCUUUGAUUUCCUGUAUGAAUAUAGUACAAACCAAAUGAAGAUAAGGCGCUUAUCAAACCAUAUCUCUUGAAUUCAAUGCAAACUGCUCCUAUUUUCUAGAUUUCCUGUUACUCUUCCUCAAAAGAAUUGAAAACAACACAAAAACGCUACGAAAGAACGUCAGUGUCGACGUUUAAGCGUGCUCCGUUGAGGACGUAGGACAAUACAAGCAUGCACUACGUAAAUUUACGAGUGAGUACACAAACGCUACGAAAGGACGUUGUUGACGUUUAGGCUUGCUCCUUUGAGGACAUAGGACAAUACAAGCAUACACUACGUAAACGUAUGAGUGAGUGCACAAACGCUACGAAAGGACGUUGUUGUCGACGUUUAGGCUUGCUUCGUUGAGGACGUAGGACAAGACAAGCAUAUACGUAAACGUACGAGUGAGUACACAAAAACGCUACGAAAGGACGUCAGUAUCGACGUUUAGGCGUGUUCCGUUGAGGACGUAGGACAAUACAAGCGUACAGUACGUAAACGUAUGAGCGAGUACGGAUCGAAACAGUGAACGACAUAUUGUUGAACUUACCUGCGGCCUUUAAUCCAUAGGUACAAUGCGAAACAGCAGAACAAUGUCUCAAAUAAUAGCAUAAUUCCCAGGCYAAUCGCUAUCCUCUGUGCUGUAAGCGUACAAUCAUAAACUCUAGAACUACUUGUGGUCGUUUUCAAUGUCUUUAUCGUUGGCGUAGCUAAACCAUGCGUUGUAUUGUUGAGAGAAAUUGUUUUAUUUGGGAAUGUAGAUGAUGGCGCCACUAGCAGUGCUAUAAAUAAAGAAACGAUGUACUCUCUAUUGCAUCUUUCAGCCAUUUUCUCUCUUUUUCACUUCAAAUAUUUCAAGUUUGAGUUCUAGGUGAUCACACCAGUGCAUCAGACGAGGAAAUGUUUCGCUAAAGACAUCGUGUUUGGCACGGAAUCACAUGCCCGACAUCAGUGUUUCGAAAGAGGUUCUCGUUUCGUAGUAAAACGUUUUAUUGGCUCAUUGCAAAUCACCAGAAAGCACACCUGAAACUCGAAACUGAUAUGGUUUAUCAAUCACCCAGUUUACAUUUUCAUUUUAUAGUCAAUUGAUGCGAUUUCAAAUGAAUUCUUAUAUACCACCAGCCAUAGUUUUCAAAUAAGAUAUCUAUCUAUGCUAUUCUGGUGAAAUUCUCAUUCCACCAGCCAUAGUUUUCAAAUAAGAUAUAUCUAUCUAUUCUAUUCCCUUGCAAGAAACUUCACUAUUUUUGCCUUGGGAAUUGGAAUCCAUGUUUUUCCCUUCCAAUCAGCAGACGGGUGGUCCUGGUUUCCCACAAAGGUUUAUCAUGCCUUUUAAGGGACCUAAAACCCGUCUCCACGUUAUGCGGCCUCCAGAUGUCAUUUGGUCAAAAUGUUUUUAUUAAAGUAAAAUUUUCGAUGCACAUUCACAAAAAUAAUUUUUACAAAACUGCUUAAAUAAUGGGAUUUGCUCGUCCCAAAUUCGCCAGGAAAUGUUUGUAGAAACUCUCAGUCCAGCAUUUUGUCUGCCUUAGCGAAUGAGAAGAGUAUUCCUCUAAGAAGUCAACACCAUGUUUUCAAAGUUUAAAGUAAUAAUAAGAUGUGCCUAUCUACUUUAUUUUAAUUAUUAAAUUAUUUAUUUAUUAAUUAUUUUAUGGUGUUGAAUAAAUAUGAACAGCAACUCUCA